UUAUAAAACCAUACACAUGACCAUAGAAUUGGGCUUCUAAACAAAGUGAUCAACAAUGGUUCUGCUUGAGAAGCUUUGGGAUGAUGUUGUGGCUGGACCUCAGCCUGACCGUGGCCUCGGCAAGCUAAGGAAAAUCUCCACCAAGCCCUUAGUCCUUAAAGAUUUGGAAGGAGAGGGAAGCAAAUACCAGAGAUCGAUGUCCCUGCCAGCUAGUCCGGGAACACCCACUACACCGGUGACACCUACGACGCCGUUCACGGCGGCGCGUAAGGACAAUGUUUGGAGGAGCGUCUUCAACCCUGGUAGAAACUUUGCAACCAAGACUAUCGGUGCCGAAGUCUUCGACAAACCUCAACCCAACUCUCCAACUGUUUACGACUGGCUCUACAGCGGUGACACCAAGAGCCAGCACCGUUAAAUGGUGGCUGCAGCGGCGGCGAUAACCGGUGGCCGUAUGUAAAUAGCGUCGUGAAAGGUUCAUGUUUGGUGACGUGAACCGGUGGGUUUUGGAUGUUUAUGUGAUUUACAUGUUCUAACUAGAUCUUGGCAUCUGAGCUAUCCAAGCAAGUUUUUAGAGUGGUGUUUAAUGUGUGAGUCUGUAGCUAAUUAGGUUUAAGUCUGCUGACACAGCCGACGAUCUGGACUACUACUCCAUAGGGUCCGCCGUGCACGGCGGUGAUUAGCGACUCAUAAUUGUUGUCUAAAUAAAAAUUAUCUUUUCUUUUUCCCCUUUAAA